CUUCAAUCAACCCUUUGAGAGAAACUCACAACACAACACGCAAAGAUGUCGAAGACGUUGGUGUUGAAGAGCUUUGAUGGUGAAUCCUUCGAGGUCGAAGAAGCUGUCGCACGUCAAUCACAGUUGAUAGCAAAUCUUAUCGAAGAUGAUUGCACCGAUGGUGAGAUCCCGAUUACUAACGUCUCAGGCAAAAUCCUCGAGAAGGUGCUAGAAUACUGCAAGAAGCACGUCGUGGUCGAAGGAGGUGAUUCAUCUUCCUCCGAGGAGGAGAAGGAGGAACUGAAGAAGUGGGACGCUGAGUACAUGAAAUCAAUGGAUCAGUCUACUAUCUUUGACCUAAUCUUGGCUGCGAAUUACCUAAACGUAGCUCGCCUGCUUGAUCUCGCUUGCCAGACAAUUGCUGAUGUCAUCGCAUCAUGCAAGGAUGGUGCUGAGAUUCGCGAAAAGUUUGGCAUCGAGAAUGAUUUUUCACCAGAGGAAGAAGCAGAGAUUAUCAAGGAUAACCAAUGGUCUUUUCAAUGAUGCCUAACUAGUUUUUUUUUUUUUUUAUAAUAAAGAAUCAAAGAUAUUAACGAAUUGUGUUUUUCUAUGGACACAAUCUUUCGUUGGAUAUUAAUAUAUUUCUUAGAAAUUUUAUGAGCGAUCUUAUCAAAAAGUAUUUCGUUUAUGAUCAAUUCUUGAAUGUUCUGUUACAUCUUCUUCUUUCUUUUUCUUAUCAUGUCUUGUAACCAAGGCAAGGGGGCUUCUUCUUGUUUUUAAUGUUGAGGAUGAGAAAAUUAA